AUGCCUGGACUCGCAAAGACUGAAGUCAAACACAAACAACAGUGCAAAAAGAAGGUCGAUCCUCCCAGCGCGAACUGGAUUGAGCUCACCCUCAUCGUCGAUAAUCAGGAUGCGGACGUCGCCAGCUGGGUAAAGGAAGUGGUUGCCGAAGAUGAGCUCAUCCUCAAGAUCGCUUUCACUGUCGUCGCGUCCAUCAUGAGUAAGCUGAAUCUCCGCAAUAGCCGCACCACCUAUCUCGCCGGCGUUUUUCUCGGGCCUUACACAAGCGGAAAUGGCCGCCGAGAUCUAACGCAUAAGGAGGAACGAGAAACGAGCGGAGAAAAUCGCCAAAGAAACCACAGACGCAAAGAAGCAGCAACAAUUCGCUCACAACAAAAACCCGCAAGGUAUCGCGAGAGGGAAACUCCUGAAAAGUCGACCUGUUCCGUCAAAUUGAGAUACCACCUCUCUAGGGUCCUGGACUCAGCUCCUCCUCCUCUCUUUCCCAACGUAGCGGAGUCGCAAUGCAGGUUGGACUUCAAGCGCAAGGCCAGGUUGGCAUAUAACAAGGAGUAUAAGAAGAACCGCCUUGACAAUGAGACGCCAGAUGAACGGGAGGCUACCUGGGCUAGUAAGGAAGAGGGAGAUCGAUAG